AUGAGGAAACUGGCCCUGGUUUCGCCGCUCCAAGCUGCCGACUUUACAUGGCCGACGGCGAACGCGAUAACGGCACUUCAGCGUGACCACCCUGGAUGCGCUGAGUUGGGCUCCUGGAACGAGGACAAGAAGUGUUUCCUGGCCAAGUCGGGGAAAAUUUGGAUCCCUGAUGAUGCCCUGGACAUUCAGAUGCAAAUAUGUGUGAUUGCUCAUGCCGGCGUGGCUGGGCACCGACGCCUGGACGCGACGACUCGGUCUGUAUCCGAGAUGUUUGACUGGACGACUCUGGAGGCCGACGUCAAACAGUUUGUGACAUCGUGUCUUCACUGCAUGGUGGUGGAUGGUGAGUCCGUGCCGAGACCCUGGGGUGAAGAACAGUAUGCGACCGAGCCGAACGAAUUGAUCCAUUUCGACUGGUUGUCCCUUCCAGUUUCCCAGGGUCUGAAAAAUGUCCUUCUUAUCAAACACGACAUGAGUGAGUUUGUACGUCUGCAUGCCAGUGCGACUGCUACAGUUCUGGACACGGCUCAGCAUUGGUGGAAUGGUUUGGUCGUUUUGGUGUGGCGAAAACCUGGGUGA